UGCCGUGCCAUUAUUUUUUGUGAAUUCUAACAUCCUUUUAUUUAAAACUAUGCGCUUACAACAUGAUAAGUAUUAAAUAAAAAAUACUUGAAGUUUACAGAAUUCUUUACAUACUCAACGAGUCAUGGCUAGUUUAAAAGUAAAAGUUAUAAGUCGUAACCCUGAAGAUUAUUUACGGGCUACGAAAAAGGAUAUUCAUAAAAUUCCAAGAAACUAUGAUCCUACCCUUCACCCUCUGGAAGGUCCAAGAGAGUAUGUCAGAGCUCUUAAUGCUGUAAAACUAGAGAGAGUAUUCGCCAAGCCAUUUAUAGGGAGUUUAGAUGGGCACAGAGAUGGAGUGUCAAGUCUCGCGAAGCAUCCAAGCAGACUAGCGUUGUUGGCCAGCGGUGCAUUCGAUGGCGAGAUAAGACUCUGGGAUUUGGCGAGUCGAAAGUGCUUACGAAAUUUUGUUGCUCACGAAGGGUGGGUGAGGUCCAUAUGUUACACGCCUAGCGGUGAAUACUUCACUAGUGUUGGUGAUGACAAAACAAUCAAGACAUGGAAAUCAAAUGUGCAGUCGGAGGAUGAUGAGGACCCAGUUAAUACACUGUUGAGUAUGUCUGUAGUGUCAGGAGUAACACAUCACCGGACCAAACAAAUAUUUGCCACAUGUGGGGAGCAUUGCCAGUUGUGGGAGAGCACAAGGAAUGAGCCCAUUAAGGUUUUCAAGUGGGGAGUUGACAGCCUUCACCAUGUAGCAUUUAACCAGGUGGAAAGUAACUUAUUGGCAUCUUGUGCAAGUGACAGAAGUAUUAUCUUGUAUGAUUGUCGCGAGAAUGGACCAUUGAGAAAAGUAGUGAUGGAGUUACGAUCCAACGCACUUUCUUGGAAUCCCAUGGAAGCAUUUAUAUUCACUGUGGCUAAUGAAGACUACAAUCUCUACACAUUUGAUGUCAGGAAGCUCAAACAACCUGUAAAUGUCCACAUGGAUCACACUUCAGCUGUUAUUGAUGUGGACUACUCACCAACAGGAAAAGAGUUUGUUGCUGGAAGCUAUGACAAAACCGUCAGACUAUUUGAAAGUCUAAAAGGACACUCUAGAGAUGUAUAUCAUACUAAGAGAAUGCAAAGACUGACAUGUGUGAAAUGGUCCUUAGAUAAUAAAUACAUUCUUACUGGUUCUGAUGAAAUGAAUAUACGAAUGUGGAAAGCUAGAGCUUCAGAAAAACUUGGAGUGCUUAAACCUCGGGAGCGCACAGCUUUGAACUACACUGAAGCUCUCAAGGAGAAGUUUGGUAGUCACCCACAGAUUAAACGCAUUGCAAGACAUAGGCAUGUACCUAAACACAUACUGAAUGCUCAAAAUGAAUUGAGAACCAUAAGAGAAAAGUCUAAGAGGAAAGAAGCAAACAAGCGCGCACAUAGCAAGAAAGGAGCAGUACCAUUCUCAGUGGAGCGCAAAAAACAUGUUGUUAAAGAAGAUGAGUAACGUUUCUUCUUUUAUAAUAAACCAAAAAUUGCAAGUAUGUUUU